CAUCAAGCCACUUUGGACGCUAACCCGCGAGCCUCGUGAUGGCACAUAUCCUGACAGACAUAAAAACAACUCCGGCUCUGCUUGCAAGGGAUAUUUGGCUGUUUCAUCAAUAACAAUAUUUUUAAGCUCACUGCCAUUGAAUUAAAUAACCAAGCUCGGAAUCCAAGUUUCUCAGUAAACUCGUACCGAGACAACACCAACAACAACCACAACCACAACCACAAUCACAGCCACAACGGCAACAGUAACAGCUGGUAACCUCACCGAAUUAUCGCUUACUCUACACCAGAAAGAAACACAUACGCGCAUUAACGUACUGUGUCAGCCGAACCAACUCCCUCACCUUACCUACCUGGACACCAUCUCCAGGCCUGCAGACAUCAUGAGCGGCGGCCUGGUGCUGUUCGAGACGACCGAGUCGGUGAUCGAAGUGCUGUGGGACAUUGCGCUGGCCGUCUUCAUCGUGCGCAUUGGCUUCGUCUACUUUGCGGCCAACUUUGCCACGGGCGUCGCGCUGGCCUGGCUGGCAUCAUCAUCAACAACAACAGCAACAUACCUCACACAACUCACAUCCACACUGCCAGUGUGGCUGCUGCUUGCAACAGCGUCAGUCGCAGCGUGGACGCGCCUCCUCGUCGUCCGCUACGAGAUCCCCCGCGCGCCGGGGUUCCGGCUUGCUAUCGGUGUGGCCGGGCUGCUCUUCAUGGCUGGUGCUGAUGCUCUUGUUGCUCUGGUUCUCUUGGGCCAAGGCACGCUUGCUGCGACGCUCGCGGACGCAAGGGCUGAUGCUGCUGCUGGACUGGCUCUUGCGCUGUUCGCGCUGAUGCCGCUGGUUCAGAUGCCGCUUGAGCGCGCGGAGGGUGAGGAGUUGAGUCAUGGGCAUGGGCAUGGGCAUGGGAAGAAGAGUGUUGUUGAUGCCGUGCCAACGGUGAACGUCAAGGAGAGGAAGGAGGCGAAAAAAACGCAGUGAGGGGCUGGGUCUGGGCGAGAGAUAUGAGAUUGCAACUAUCAGAAAAGCUUUACUUGUCUAACGAGGUUAGGAAUGCCAGGUUUAAUUCACAGGAAUUGUUUCCAUGCUGAGUGAAGAUUUAAGGUCUGUAUGUGAUUGAUUGUGUUUUGGGUAAAGGAAAAGGGGGGUGAGUGAGGAUGAGGCGAGUGACGGGUUUGAAUUCUCACGAGGACCAAGAAGCAUGGCUGUGUUCCGGCAAUUCGAUUCGAUUUGAAUUUCGGGCUGGUGUCAAACUAGUAGUUGCUCAAUUCGUGUUGGACAUUCUGGAGGGAAUCCCUGAGUAUUUUCCUUUGGGCUUUUAUGAAAGGCACAAUUGCUUGAGUUUUGAACUUGGGUAUUGAGGUCAAAUUGAGGUGAAUGAAUCAAGAAACGAAAACUCCUAUUUCUGGACAGUCCGCCAUUCUGACCGCCGUAAAGGCAGUCG